AUGGGGUUGCUGACAGUAGCCACGGUGGCGAUAAAAAGCGCGACCAUUUUGCUCGGCAAAGUGGCAAUAAUUCCAGCUCUGAUCGCGGCCCUCGCCUACUUCAAUUACGAUCUGAUGGAUCCUGAGCAUCAGCCGAGGGUAACGAAGGCUCUCAGAAGGGAGUAUGAUUUCGUAGUGGUCGGCGGUGGAUCCGCGGGAAGUGUGAUGGUGAACAGGCUGACGGAGAAUCCGGAAUGGAGUGUACUGCUGUUGGAAGCUGGAGGUCACGAGACGGAGAUCACAGACGUUCCUAUACUGUCUCUUUAUUUACAUAAGAGCAAAGUGGAUUGGAAAUAUAGGACACAGCCGCAAGACUCCGCUUGUCAGGCUAUGGUGGAUCGACGAUGUUGCUGGACCAGAGGAAAGGUCUUGGGAGGUUCGAGUGUACUCAACACGAUGCUUUAUAUUCGAGGAAAUCGACGAGACUUCGAUCAAUGGGAAAGCUUCGGGAACCCUGGUUGGGGUUACGACGAUGUUCUUCCUUAUUUUAAAAAAUCACAAGACCAAAGGAACCCCUACUUAGCUCGUAACACUAAAUACCAUGCCACUGGAGGAUACCUGACGAUCCAAGAUUCGCCCUACAACACACCCCUGGGUGUCGCCUUUCUACAAGCCGGCGAGGAGAUGGGCUACGACAUAGUAGACAUAAACGGCGAGCAACAAACAGGCUUCGCCUUUUAUCAGUACACAAUGCGCAGAGGGACGAGAUGCAGCGCAGCCAAGGCCUUCGUCAGACCCAUUCAACUACGAAAGAACUUCCACCUGUCUCUCUGGAGCCACGUGACCAAGGUACUCAUAAACCCGCGAACGAACCGAGCCUACGGCGUUGAAUUCAUCAGAGAGGGCCACAAAGAGGUGGUCUACGCCAGAAAGGAAGUGAUCCUUUCAGCAGGUGCCAUAAAUUCCCCCCAGCUUCUGAUGCUCUCUGGAAUAGGACCAAGACAGCACUUAGAGGAAGUGGGAAUCCCGGUGGUCCACGAUUCUCCCGGCGUCGGACAGAACCUCCAGGAUCACAUAGCAGUAGGAGGCCUAGCUUUCCUCAUCGAUUACCCGGUCAGCACGGUGAUGAACCGUGUGGUGAACGUCAAUUCCGCUCUACGAUACGCCGUCACGGAAGACGGCCCACUCACUUCUAACAUCGGUCUAGAGGCGGCAGGCUUCAUCUUCACGAAAUACGCGAAUCAGAGCGAAGACUGGCCCGACAUAGAGUUCAUGCUGACGUCUUCGGCGACCAGUUCCGACGGUGGGACCCACGUGAAAAACGCUCACGGACUCAGCGACAGCUUCUACAACGAAGUGUUCGAAACGAUCAACAACCGUGACGUGUUCGGAGUGUUCCCUAUGAUGCUGAGACCAAAGAGUCGCGGUUUCAUUAAACUGAAAUCGAACAAUCCUUUGGACUAUCCUCUGAUGUACCACAAUUACUUAACCGAACAGCACGACGUGGACGUUCUCAGAGAGGGUGUAAAAGCCGCGAUAGCGUUCGGAGAGACCAGCAGCAUGAAGAGGUUCGGUGCCAGGUUUCAUAGCAAACCUUUGCCCAACUGUAAGCACAUACCAAUGUUCACCGACGAGUACUGGAACUGCGCCAUUAGACAGUACACUAUGACCAUCUAUCACAUGAGCUGCACAGCCAAAAUGGGUCCACCCAGCGAUCCUACGGCCGUGGUGGAUCCCGAGCUAAGAGUCUACGGCGUUUCUGGCCUGAGAGUGAUCGAUGCGUCCAUUAUGCCUACGAUCACCAACGGGAAUAUCAACGCACCUGUGAUCAUGAUCGGAGAGAAAGGCGCGGAUUUGGUUAAGAAGCAGUGGCUCUCGCGGCGGAAAAGGGACAACGUUACGAUCGCUGGAUCGUGA